AUGAGAAGCGGGCUACCGUUGGUUAUCAUGGAAAGCAGCUUCGAUUUCUCGGUCAUAUCAUCCGAUAAGGAGGAUUUGAGUGUGUCAUUACGAGGUCGCAUCGAAGGGAAACGUGCCAGAGGACAGCAAAGUGCAUCAUAUUUGGACCGGAUUAAAGACGUGACAAGGACAGAGACUACCGCGGCUGUGUUCGCGAUCAUCCGAGGGACUUGUCUUUUUCAUUCUUUCUUUUUCUUUUUCUUUCUUUCUUUCUUUCUUUCUUCUUUCGCUCUUUCUUUCGCUCUUUCUGUCUUUCAGCCUUGUUUCCCCAAAAUGAUCGUGACGACCAAGCACGAAUGUUUGAUAUUCUUUUGCCACGGCGAAGUAGCAAGUUUGGCGACUGAUCCUUUCUUUCUUUCUUUCUUUUUUGCUUUUCUUUCUUUCUUUCCUUUCUUUCUUUUACCAUUCAUCCUCCACCUCACCUUUCAUCACUCCUCCCCACCAUCACUUUCUACUUCCUUAUUAGCCUUUUCUUUCUUUUCUUUCUUUCUUUUUCUUUCUUUCUUUCUUUUCUUUCUUUCUUUACCAUUCAUCCUCCACCCUCACCUUUCAUCCUCCUCCACCACCACUUCCUUAUAUCCUUUCUUUUCUUUCUUUCUUUCUUUCUUUCUUUCUUUUUACCAUUCAUCACUUCACCUACUUUUAUCCAUCCUCCACCACCACUUUUCUACUUCAUCACUCCCUCCACCAUCACUUUCUACUUCCCUUAUAUUAGCCUUUCUUCUUUUCUUUCUUUCUUUCUUUCUUUCUUUCUUCUUUCUUUCUUUCUUUCUUUCUUUUACCAUUCAUCCUCCACACAACAUCCUCCACCUCCCACCAUCACUUUCUCUUCUUAUUAGCCUUUCUUUCUUUCUUUCUUUCUUUCUUUCUUUCUUUCUUUCUUUCUUUAUUCAUCCUCCCCUACCUUUCAUCCUCCACUCCACCAUCACUUUCACUUGUAUAUUUCUUCUUCUUCCUUUUCUUUCACCUGCUCUUUUUCUUUCUUUCUUUCUUUCCUCAUCACUCCACCCCCCCUAG